AUGUCAGAGCAAUCUUCAAAACAGCCAAAGACUCAAAUCGACUUUUCAAGGUUCACAAUGGAAAAUGGAACUAUUGUCAGUACAACAGAUCGCGUAUGCAAAGACGUCGAACCUCCUGCGUUCAAGACACCCACGGAUGACGAGUUAUGGUCCAAAGAUAAACCAGGAUAUCCAAAUCUUGAUUUUUUAAGAGAACACUUUAGAAAAGAAGGUCGGUUGACAGAGAAGCAAGCACUUCAGAUACUGACAGCCACAAACAAUAUCCUAAAGGCUGAGCCUAACCUUUUACGGAUACCUGCUCCUAUUACAAUUUGCGGCGAUAUUCAUGGUCAAUACUAUGAUCUGUUGAAGUUGUUUGAAAUAGGUGGCAAUCCUGCUGAUACAAGAUAUCUCUUUUUGGGAGAUUAUGUCGACAGAGGUUAUUUCUCUAUAGAGUGUGUUUUGUAUCUUUGGUCAUUUAAGAUGUGGUAUCCAAAAUCCUUUUAUUUAUUACGUGGUAACCAUGAAUGUCGCCACUUGACCGAAUAUUUUACAUUUAAGCUGGAGUGUGAAACAAAAUACUCUAAAGAGAUAUACGAUGCAGCUAUGGAAUGCUUUGACAGUCUUCCUUUAGCUGCCGUUGUGAAUGAUCAAUUUCUUUGCGUGCACGGUGGACUCUCUCCAGAGCUAAAGACAUUAGCGGAUAUUGAAAACAUCAAUCGAUUCAGAGAGACUCCUACUAGCGGUAUUAUGUGUGAUUUAGUAUGGGCUGAUCCAUAUGAAGAUUUUGACGAAGAGGAAAGUCCCAAAUUUGAGCACAACCAUAUCCGUGGGUGUUCGUAUUUCUUUAGCUACCGUGCCGUAUGCAAUUUUCUAGAUAAAAACAAAUUAUUAUCUGUUAUUAGAGCUCAUGAAGCACAAGCAAAUGGAUACCGGAUGUACCGUAAAAGCAAAACAAGUGGAUUUCCGUCCUUGAUGACGAUCUUUUCAGCACCCAACUACAUUGACAUCUAUAAUAACAAAGCUGCUAUUCUUCGUUAUGAUAACAAUGUGCUCAACAUUCGUCAAUUCAACGCGACUUCUCAUCCUUAUUGGCUUCCAAAAUUCAAGAACGUCUUUGACUGGAGUUUACCAUUCGUAGGAGAAAAAGUUACAACUAUGCUUUUGGCAAUCUUGAAUAUUUGUUCUCAAGAAGAGCUUUCAGAAACAGAACGAAAGAUAGACAAAGUUGAUGAUGCUACUGAACAAAGAAGGCAAAUUAUUAGAAAUAAGAUUAUUGCCGUUGGUAAAAUGUCUCGUACAUUCUCUGUCCUGAGAGAAAAUUCGGAACUGAUCAUGGAACUAAAAAACUUGUCAAAUACCGGGAAAUUGCCCACAGGCACUCUGGGGUUAGGUGCUGAAGGAAUCAGAAGAGCUAUUACUACAUUUGAGGAUGCUCGACGUUCAGAUAUUGAAAAUGAGCGGCUGCCUCCAACCUCUCGAGAGAAAUUAGAUGAAAUACAUAGGGAAACCACUUCAUCCAAGCUUCGCGAUGCAGCUAUUCAAGAAGAUACAGUAUCUUAUGUUGCACCAAAAUAA